CUUGUUUCAGUUGGUCGCGUUAUGACAACGACCGUCCGACGACAUGGAUCAUGAUGACGACAAGCCCGAGUUCACUGAGCCGUCCCAUCAACAGUACACAUCCGCGUCUCCUGAUGUGCGACUGGUGCAUCGAGCCAGCCAGAAGCGACCGUCGACGCGCGGUUCCGGUUUGCAGACUGCGCGGCGGCAGAUUGAAACGCAUCCCCACACAGCCAGCAGCCGCAGCAGUACCACCAGUGCCGCCUCUGCUGACGAUCUGGAUGUAGAUGUGAAUGUAGAUGAGGAUGAGGAUGCAGACUUGGAUGGAGAUGUGGACGGAGACGGGUGCUGGGACGCCGACACUGACGCUGUCGGAGUUGCACGACGCGACACGAAACGCCCGCGAUUGGAGUCGUCGUCGCCGCCGCUCGCAGCCGCCCAAGCCGAGUCGACGCCAGAUGUAUCAAGCGCGCAGGAUUCAAUGCUGCUCAGCUCAUCCGGCCGCGGGAAUGAUGGCGAGUCGCGCGAGAUGACUGGUCGUGCAGCUGUUGGCGCCAACUCUGACAGCAACUCCGACGACGACGACGACCUAAUUGACCUGACAAUGGACUUGCAAGAAGCAUCCGAUCGUGCAGGCAAUGUGGACAGCAGCGCUGACAACCGACGCGAGCUGAUUGACCUCACAAUGGACGUGCACGCAUCGCGCAGCAGUUCAUCUGUCUCAGACAAUUCCGGCAAUCGAGCCAAGCCAACGCAGUCCACCCCUCGUACUACAAGUCUUCAAGACGUGCAAGCAUUCAACGGCAUUCCAAACAGCCCAGCAGAGGCGACCGAUCUCAGGACUGGUGCUGGAAUCACCCCAGAUCCUCGCGCCGCCGGAAUCAAGCAGCACGUCUUGACACCGCGGCGCGGAUUUAUCGAAUGCAAUGCGAUCGACAUUGGCCCAAUACGUCGCUCAAGUGCGGCGUUUACGAUUCCAAAUUCUCGCGCCAGCACGCCUCGGAACCUCGGACUCUCGUUUCACCUCGUUGCCAAGUUUGGAUGGCAGCUCGGCAUGCCUUGCUGUGGCCAGUCUACCAAUCUCGGUAGUAGCGCCGGUAAUUCCAGGAAUGCACAUGAGUCGGAUCGAUGGUUGUGUCGCCGGUGCUGCAUCGCGCUCCACGCAAAGUGCUGCGGCACUCGCGCCCUGGACGUUUGUCCCAUUUGUCAAUGGCACUCUGCCCCAACUGGAGCUCUGGUCGGGCACUUUUCCCACGUCGGCUGCACGAUUGCCUCUUCGUCCUUUCAUGCGAUGAGUAACUAUUGGCAAACGCCGCUGGCGGUCGGUGCACGGGGAAUCUUGAUGAACCUCAAAGAAAAAGGCAUGGGCCCACAGACCCGCAUUUUUCGUUUGAUUCUGACUGGUGCUUCCGUCGAUGACGCCCAUCCUGCCAUCUACUGCGAUUUGGAUUUGUCUCCGACCGUUCUCGAGUCGUUGGCGCGGUACGAAGUGAUCAUCACGUUCCAAGUGUCUGCGAUUCACAACAACGAGCCUUGCGCCAGUCCGGGCACAACUGCCGAUGGCGUGCAUGUUUCGCCCCUCACUGGCUUUGCUUGCACUCGCCUGUCAUUGGACUGCCGCAUGUAUAUGGUGCAGAGCAUUGUUCCGGCGGAGCAGUUUUUUGAACUGUCUUUUUCGCGCUCCCUUGUGAACACGCUGCUUGAAGGCGUUCGCUCCUUUUACGGCGGCCGCACCUGGCAGCAGUUGCUUCAGGAGUGGUGCUCCAUGCAGCGCCAUCGUCCUGCCACUGACCAUCUUUACGAGGCGCUUGCACAAGCUGCCCCAGCUGAGGCACUCUACCAGCUGCUCGACGCGCACAUUCCCGAGCACAUUCGCGGUCUGGCCAUGCUCGAAGCUCAUCUCGAGAGCAUUUCCACGGGCGUGAAGGCACCCCAGUCGUUCACAUCGAGUCGAAUCGAUGCCUUGCUGAAGCUGGUGAGCAGCCCCAGCCAACAUCUCCCGAGAGCGUCCCAGCCUCCAGAAAUUGCGUGCUCCAUGAUGCCCUAUCAACUCGCGGGCCUCUCUUGGAUGAGCGACGCCGAGUGCUUUGGCAAGAAGCGAGUCGAUUCGUUCAGCCGCCACGACGACGAUCCUGUGAUUCUUCAAAAGCAACAGCUCGAAGCGAAUCUGGCAUUGGCGCCCGUGAUGCCGCCGUUCACCUCUACAGACCAGGUUCCUUUUAUUUUGCGCGCGCUCGACGCCCCUAUGACGUACAUGCUGGUCCCACCCUCGUAUCUCAUCGAAGGCAUGACAACGGAGGCAGGGUCGCUCGAUGAAGGCGACCAGACAACCACAACACGCGCCAUCUAUUUCAACAUUGUCUCUGGUUCCAUCAGUCUUUCGCCUCCUGCCCUUGUUCGGCCCUUUGGCGGCAUUCUCGCGGAUGAGAUGGGAUUAGGAAAGACGGUCGAGUUCCUUUCGCUCGUGGCUGCAACAAGGCCCAAUCCCGACUUGUUCGAAACGUUUCCAUUUGCCUUCGUCCAGGGUCGCGUGCCUCUGUCUCGCCUAAACCACCCACCAUCCCUUUACAUCAAGGGGGAGCUGCAGACGGACGCCGGUGAGCCCCUCUGCCGUGUCAUUCGUCCCGUCCGCACGACCCUGAUCAUUGCACCCUCGCCAAUUGUGGGCCAGUGGCAAAGCGAGAUUCAGUAUCACGCGCCUUCGUUGAGUGUGAUGGUGUACGAUGGACACACUACAUUUUAUCAGCAUGACGAAACCCCCUUUGACGUGUUUUCCCGCUUUGACAUUGUCGUUACCACCUACGACGUUGUUCGCAAAGACCGCCACCAUGCGGCCGAGCCCGUGUACAAGCGUGGCGCGAAUCGCCGAAAUUCUCCGCUUGUGGAUGUGUUUUGGUUUCGGCUCUGCUUGGACGAGGUGCAAAUGAUUGAAAACCCGACCGCCGCGGCCGCUGUGUGCGCAAGCAUUCGUGCUCGCUACCGCUGGGGACUGUCUGGCACGCCGAUUAGCUCGCACGGGUUUGAUGACAUUUUGGCGCUGUCCGUUUUUCUGCACUUCCACCCCUAUUCGGACCGGCUCGUGUUCAACGCAUUGGUUGCUGCGUUUGAAGUUGCUGAUGCCGAGUUGCCGCGGGCUGUGCGCACCUCUUCCGCAAUCACGAGUGGCGCAACCGCCUUUGGCGAUGCGAAUGACUGUUCUCCUAUCGCUGCCCUGAUUCGCCGGCGCAACCUGGAAUCGAUGAGAAGCAGCUUGUUGACAUUUUUGCACCGACUCAUGCUGCGACGGAGCAAACAAGAUCUGGCGGAUCAAGUCUCGCUCCCACCUCAGCACGAAGAGUACAUUGUACUGACAUUCAGUCCAGUGGAGGCGCACUUUUACCGCGAGCUGGAACUUCACUGCCGCAACCUGUUUGAGAUGCUACGUUCGGGCGCUGGAGAGGCGUCCGCGUCGACGAUGAGCGAUCUGCGGAGCAGCAUGGGCUUACUUCGAGCCGCGUGCUGUUACAUUCAGGGUGGUGUCGUUCUUCCAGGAAAGCGCGCGCUGAGUGGAGCCCCAAAGUCAAUGUUCGAGGCUACGGCGCUGCUGCUCAAGCAAACAGAGCUCGAUCUGGCUGCCGCGGUGCGCGAGCAGGUCACGGCCCAUAUCGACCUGGGUGCAGCGCUCGAGUUUGCCAAGCUGCCCGAGGGUUCGCGAUGCUUUGAACAAGCUCUUGAGCUGAUCGAAACACUGGCUGCCCAGCAUGCAGACGCUUGCGCCUUUGCCAAGCGCUGGAUUCUGCCGAGCGACUAUGAGGAGUAUCUAUCCUCUGUCGCAGACCAACCGGCCGCUGCGACGGCUGCAAUGGCUGUCGAUGCAGACGGCGAGCGCGCCGCCGGGUCCAUUGAUCCUGCAGCUGAGGAGAGAACGGCCGGGAACCAACCUUUGGACGAGUUUGCAUCUGAUGCGUCGUCGGACGACGAAAGCGCGAGCGACGUCACAGCGGAAGCUGCAAGCACCUCGAAAAUGAGCAAGAAAGUAAAGAGGCUUCGGCGGUACGGCGAUGACACGAUGAUUGGCAACUGGCGAGCCGUUGUGCGCGACACUAUGCGAGCGCGUGAGAAUCUACUACUUGGACAUCGUGCCACUUUUCGCUUGGCAAUGGCCGCGUCCCCAGACGAUUCUGAAAAAUUGUACGAAGAUGCCGAGCAAAAGCGCAAGAGCCUUACCAAAACCGUCGAGACUGCGGUUUGUCAAGCGCGCAAGCAGCUCGACGAGUUCUUGCGGCGCUCCGCUCUCACAAGCAUUCAAGUCUGCCUGAUUGACUCGGAGCGACUGUCGGUUCAGAAGGAAGCGGCGCUUGUGGCAUUUUUGCACGGCUCGCUGCUGGUCGACGAUGGCCACUUAGCCAACGAGCGGAACGCCGACGACCCCGACAACGAAGUGACUCCGGAUCCCGACGAUGAAAACUACGUCUUUGUGAUUCGCGGCUCGGAACGCAUCCGUAUUCUGAACAGCACAACCACACCCUACCUCCCUUUUCUCGUCGACGAGCUGUUGACUGCCGUCACCGACGUCGAACGCAACGCUAUUCCAGCUCGACCCUCUGCGACGGCGUUUCAGCGCCUACUGGAGGCCGGCCCCGGAGAUCAAUCGCUCUCGGAGGCUUCCAGCAGGUUGAUGACCCAGUUGUUUGCGCUCAUGGAUUCGCUCGACGCAAACAUGGAGGAGAUCUGGACUGCCCGCAUGCACGUGCUCCGCGUCCUGACCACCCCGCUCCACUCAAACUACCAGCGCGACCUGGAAGCUCAGCAGUUUGGCCUGCAUUGGCAAAAAGUGCUUGAGACGGCCGUGGCCAAACGCAGGCUUUUGCUCUUCAGCGCAGCUGACGAGUGGUCCAAGAAGAGCAAAACGCUAAAUUUAGUGUCGCUCAACCAGCGCAUCAAAAGCCAAAGCGAACAGGUCGCUUUCGCUGAGGCCGAUCACCUUCUCAAAGUUCACAGUCUCGUUUCCAUCCUGUCGGUUCGUCUCCAAAGCAUUCUGUCCAUGUUGGCCAGCGAACGGCAUGGCAUCAGCGAGGUGUGGAAUGCACGCAUCGCCUUUUACAAGCAAUUGCAAGUCUUGUCUGAUGCUGUCAGUCGUCCUGAGCGGCCCUUGAGCUGCCUGAGCUUUGUUCAGGAAUGCCGGCGCAGGCUGGCUGGGCUGACCACUACAGCGGCGCAAUUGACUGGCAAGGUGCAAUAUGUGCGGCAACUGGUUUGCAGCGCGUCUCCAUUCCAGCCAGGCUCCGCUCUUGAGUCGGCUGCGGAUGUUGAGGCCACGAAAGCUGCGCAAACGGCACAGACUUUGUCGGCCAGCAGCACGUCCGCACCACCAAUGGCAGAUCCUACCGAAGCCAGCAGCAUCAGCAUGAGCGUUGGCAAUUCGCCCCUGACUGGUACUGGUAUUGCAACCGUGCCUGUCGGCGCAUCCCAGUCGGUUGGCGCCAAACGCGCGGAAGUUUGCCCGAUUUGCAUCGAAACUUCGACCGAACUGUGCAUGACUCCUUGUGGCCAUGUGUUUUGUGCUCCCUGCAUUGCCGAUUGGAUGCGGCACCAUCGGAUCUGCCCGACGUGCAGGUCGCGGAUUCAGUCCGACCAAAUCAGCCACAUGAACAUGGGCAUUGACGGCGCAACGGCCUUGCACAACUCAAAAAUCCAUCAGACCGGGCAGGACUUUUUGACCAACAUGGACAUGUUUGAGAAACGUUCGGUCAACGACGGAACGCGCACCAUCAUCCGACCUCCGGCCUAUCUCCACGCUAGCAUCCCGCUUGCCCGCAAUUCGAGUACCAAGAUUGAUGCACUGAUCCGCUAUUUGAUCGAGCUCGAGCGCCAAAAUCCCGGCACAAAGAGUGUCGUGUUUAGUCAGUGGGGGCAUGUCUUGUCGAGAGUUGGCGAGGCCCUACAGCUACAGGGAAUUGGCUUUACCACCAUCCAAACCGGCAAGGAUGCGGCAUCUCUCUUUCACUCCAACCCGAAGGUCACCGUGUUUCUGUUGCACUCCAGACACAAGUCCAGCGGCCUCACGCUCGUUGCAGCGACGCACGUGUUCUUGAUGGAUCCCAUCAUCAACCCCGCCGUGGAGUUGCAAGCGAUCAAUCGCGUGCAUCGCAUUGGCCAGACUGCCGAAACUCAUGUUCAUCGAUUUAUUGUUGAAAACACGAUCGAGCAGCAGGUUCUUCGGUUGGCAGUUGGGCAAGAUACAGCGCCCGGCAUGCCGCGCAGCACUCGAAGCGAUGAUGAAACCAUGUCGCUCCAGGACAUUGGCAUGCUGCUGAAUGUUCAAUAAGCGAAAGAAAGCGGGAGUGUGUGACUUGCAUCUUUGUAAACAUUCGAACAAAUCAUCCCCAACUCUUCAAGUGUCAAACGCUACAGGUGGACUGAAAGUAUGGAAUGGAAAUGAAGCUUUUCUUGGUUUAGAAAUCAAUGCAAUCAAAGAAAAACACAAUACACCUACAGCACACCCA